AUGGCAACUACGCCACCAAUUAAUGCACUCUUUGAAUCACUGCGUCAGGGAUCUCGCCAACUGCCUGACAUGAAGAGCCAUGAUCAGGAUGAGACCUUAGGAAUGGCAACCUCCGCGAUGGGAAAGUUGAUGAAUCCGCUGAGCUAUGCUCCCGCCGGACUUCUGUCUUCAAAUACCGCAAUCUCGAAGCAGGACCGGGACAAUAAAUACCGCUUCCAACUUUUGAUGCUUCGAGAUCAUGCUAUUCACUCAAAGGCCUUGCAUAUGAUUGUUCUGCAUGUAUCACAUGCGGACGUGCUGCCUAAAACUCUGGAGCCCUUCACUUUUAUUCACAUGCUAAUCAUUGAAGAUCGAACCAAAGAUUACAACAGGCGCAACAAAUAUCUCGAACACCAUCUAGCUGCCGAUCCAACACCCCUUAACACACCACAUCGCACUCGCAACCGGACUAUGUCUCUUCAUUACACUUACAGAGACAAAGCCGACAUGACCUUUCAAGUCACGAUUCAGUUCAUGCUCAUCACAGCCAGAUCAAGUAGAAGGUGUGGAGGGCAAGCACAUUAUCUCCUCGAACGCCUGUUCUCAGCGCCAUAUGUCGGUCCUUGUUCUAUUCCAGGAUGCCAAGCACAGCACACAUAUCGGCCACGAUUUUCUCGUGACGCUGGCGACCCGAAAGCCUGGACCGUGACACCUCGUCCGGGACCAUGGAAGCCUGAUGUCGGCUUCGCGAUGCUCGGUAUCGAUGGGAGCAAGUACAGAGUCUACUUCCCAGAGCUGCAAUCUCCCAAAUUUUCGACUGAGCGACCGGCAUGGUGGAUGAAGGCGAAGCGAGAUGGCAGAGAAACGAUCCCUGAUCACCGAGACUAUUAUACGCCGGAAUGGGUCAUCGCAUUCGUCCUGAAGCGUAUCAGAAGUAUCAACGCCAGGCCCGGGCUUUAUGGAUUGUUCGCUGUGUUCAUGAAUGACCAGUGCAACUACUUCGUCACCAUUGAAUCACAGCCUGGCGACAAUAGACUCCCGCUUCGUGCAUACCAAAACAUCGUCAAGACUAUGCUUCUCCAGGAGCGCAACCUCGACUCCAUACGCACACAUUCUACCAUUCGCGUCGGAACCCUGGAUGUACUGCAAAUCAUCAACGCCAUCGACAAAAUCCGCACAUACCGCGACCUCCGCGAUCUCUCCGCCACGCAUCUUCCCAGCCUCGCAGCAGAAAUCCUCCCCUCAUCAUCAACCCGCUUCCACGCCAUCAAAUUCACCUUCCCAGGCACCCUCGACGACGACGAAAUCAACACGCACAUCCACCUAACCAUCUCCCUCAUAAAUUGGUGCCACAACACCUCAUCUCAAGAUCUCAACCUCUUCCUCCGAAGCAAAUGGCCAGAUAUGACGUACACCUUCCUCGACUUCCUCAUCGACAUCCAAGUCCAUCGGCGAGUUCACCGGUACUUCGCCAACCGCUUUGGAUACACACAACGUGGUGAGAGCUGGGCUUUAAGAAUCUAUCAACGUACCAUGAGUCAAGUUUCCCAAUACAGUCCGCUUUGGAGUGUAGUUGAUCAUUGGGGUAAGAUGAAGGCGAUGGGAGCGGAUUGGAGUACAACGUCGAUUGUGAUUCUGGAGAAGAUGGUUGGUGGGGAGUAUGGAUGGUUUGCGGCUGAUGUCCCGGCUGAGGAGGUCGAGGGUGGGUGGGUUACUUGGAAUGGGGGGUUUGCGAGGUUUGCUGGGGGGAUUCCUGUUGGGGAGUGGGAGGGCGGGGUGCCGAUGUUUGGGGCUAUGGUUACGAGGGUUGGAUGGCAGGAGAGUGGUGAGGGUUGGGAAAUUUUUGGGGAGGAGAAUGGGGACGUGGUGGAGGGUUGUGAGGAUGGGGAGAAGCGAGUUGAUUCUGUGGUGGGAUUGAAGGCUUUGGAUGUUGGGCAGGAGGAGUUACCUGAGUACUCGUGUGUGAUGGUUCUCCGUACUGUGGCCAUUUCCUGCCAUGAAUGCAUUCUUAUCGUAACUACUGCCACAUCACUCCUGUUGAUUGUGAGUGAUUAA